AUGCUUGACGCUAACAGGGCUGUGCUCGACACCAUCCUGAGGAGCUUCCGCGAGGCUGAGAAUGUCUGGGAGACAUUCUUUAAGAUCUGUGAAGUACCCCAUGGCUCCUACAACCAAGAGCAGAUCAUUCCGUUCUACACGUCGUUCUUUGAUAACCUCAAGACUAGCAUUUCUGGACUCACAUACUCGGUAGACGGACUUAAGAACAUAAUCGUACGAGUUCCAGCCACACCGGGCUAUGAGCGUGUCCCUGGCAUAUGUUUGCAAGGCCACAGCGAUAUGGUCUGCGUGAAGACGGCGGAUUCGUCUCAUGACUUCAAGAAGGACCCCUUGAUGCUCCGCGUGGUACAGAAGGAUGGAAAGGAGUGGUUAAUGGCCACCGGGACAACCUUGGGGGCAGACAACUCCAUAGGCGUUGCCAUCGGGAUUGCCAUUUUGCUGGAGUGCGCCAAGGAUAAAACCUUCUUGCACGGACCGUUGGAGCUAUUUAUCACGUCUGACGAAGAAGUUGGCCUCCUCGGAGCUGCUGGAAUGGAAGAAAACUGCCUAACGUCGAAGUAUCUCCUGAACUUGGACUCAGAAGACUUCGGAGAGAUAUGUGUCAGCUGUGCAGGCGGGUUUCGCGUUACGUUCACGCAUACAAUCAAGCGCGUAGACGCCGGCACUGAUCCUUACUAUAAGCUCCAUCUAUCCAAACUUAGUGGUGGACACUCUGGCUGUGAUAUCCACCUAUAUCGUGCUAACACCAUCAAAUUGAUGGCACGCCUUGUUUCGAAGAUUCCAGGUGCCAGGCUCUGCGCCCUCUCUGGUGGCUCUGCCCAUAACGCCAUCCCAGGGUCUUGCCAGGCGGUCAUCACGUGUCGCUCAGACAUUACGCCCGCACAUAUUGCCAAGAUUUGGGACGAGAUUUAUAUUGCAUACAAACCCACAGAUCCCCACGCAGUUCUUUCUGUGGAGAAACAUACGCAGCAGAUCAAGCCCCUUUCUCAAGCUGACAGUGACAAGAUACUCAACUUUAUUACUGUCAUCCCGCACGGGCCAAUUCGCUUUUCACCAACUGUAGAAAACUUUGUCGAAACUUCUUUCGCAGCCACGAUCGUGAAGCUUACUGAAGGAGAAACUGAAUUCUCUCUUCUGGGUAGUGGGCGCUCCUCCAUAGAGUCUGAAUUGGAUGGCGUCUACGAGCGUCUUAAGGCGUUGGCCAGUCUUGCCGGAUUCUCUAUCUCUGAGCAGCAGUCAAGGUACCCGGGGUGGCCAGCCAAUAUGGAAAGCGUCUUUCUGAAGCAGGCAAUCGAGAGCCACGAAACCUUGAUUGGCUUUAAGCCUCAUGUCGGCGCUGUGCAUGCGGGCCUGGAGGCGGGUCUUAUUUGCAAGAAGUGUCCUGGAAUGGACGCGAUUUCAAUAGGACCCACUAUAAAGAAUCCUCAUUCUCCCCAGGAGGCAUUAGAGAUAUCCACUGUGGCGCCAAUUUACAGACUGACGCGCGCUAUAGUCUCUGAGUUGGCGGCGAAGUACAAGUAA